AUGGCUUUUCUGAAUGCCACUUUUGACUUGUAUCUCCUAGGCUUCGUCGCCUUCUUGUUCGCGUUAAUUAAACUUACAAGAACAACAAAAAAGAAACCCAAUCUGCCUCCAUCUCCACCGAAAUUGCCAAUUAUCGGCAAUAUUCAUCAGUUAGGCACUCUUCCUUAUCGUUCUUUCAGAGACCUCUCUCUGAAACACGGCCCUCUCUUGUGGUUGCAGCUCGGUCGAAUUCCUACUUUACUGGUCUGUUCUGCAGAUUUGGCCAGAGAACUGAUGAAGAACCAAGACGCAGUUUUUGCCGGCAGGUUUCAAAACAUAUCUGCCAGAACCUUACUCUAUGGAUGUAAAGAUAUCGCCUAUGCCACUUAUGGCGAAAGCUGGAGACAGAAAAGGAAGAUUUGCGUGCUUGAACUUCUGAGCUUGAAAAAGGUUCACUCUUUCCAAGUCAUAAGAGAAGAAGAAGUUGCAGAAAUGGUGAAGGAGACACGAAGACCUUGUUUGAGUGAUACUAAUCGCUCUGUGAACAUAAGUGACCUCAUAUCUGCCACCACCAACAACAUAAUAUUCAGAUGCAUAAUUGGACAGAAGUAUGAUAUAUCAGAGAGCAGUGCGAGAUUUGGGACGCUUGCGAGGAAGGAGAUGAUUCAUCUUGCAGAGUUGGUAGUGGGAGAUUUCUUUCCUUGGUUGGGUUGGGUUGAUGUUCUCACUGGGAAAAUUCAAGAGCUUAAAGGCACGUUUAAACCCAUGGAUGGGUUCUUUGAUCAGGUGACUGAAGAUCAUAAGUAA